AUGAAGCAGGGCCUCGCCACUGCUGUUCUUGCAGCUCUUCCUUUGGCUGCCCGUGCCCAAGGCACCACUCCUCCUAAGCUCACCGCAGCCUGUAACGAUGUCGCUAUCUUCAUGGCACGCGGCAAUGACGCACCUUACAGCGAUGGCCGUACCUCAGAUUUCAGAGAUACCGUCUGCGCAAAAUUCGAGGCUCAAGGAAACUCUUGCGAUUACAUGGAUCUCGUCUUCGAUGCCACUCUCGGCGUGGAGUUCUGCCCUACUAUCCAGGACGGUGCCGUCAACGGGGUCAGGCAAAUCACCGAGUACAACGCCCAGUGCCCGGAUACUUUAAUCGUCGUCAACGGUUACUCGCAAGGUGCUAUGGUUGCCGGAGCUACUCUGAGUGGCGGAGGCGCCGAUGCCUGCGACGUUGACACCAAGACCACCGGCCUCGAUGCCAACUCUCAAGCUGGUCAGGCAGUCAAGGCAGCCCUUCUCUGGGGUGAUGUCAAGCACACUGCAAACCAGGUCUACAACGUCCUCGACGGAGCAGACAAGCAAGCUUGGGGCCGUACCGGCUCUAACCUUGAGCGUUUGAACACUUACUCCUCCGUCUUGAGGUCGUACUGUGCCGGCGGUGACCCAGUCUGCGCUGGUGGAGAUGACGUAGCUCAGCAUCUGAACUACUUCGAGCUCUACACCGAGGAGGCAUCAAACUGGAUCGUGAGCAAGCUGACACCUCUCCUGGUCAAUCCCUCAUCGGCCGCGCCUGUCAGCUCAGCUACUCCUACCCCUACCCCUGAGGUCUCCUCAACUGCCGCACCGGUCGAGACCUCAAGCACAGUUGUGGUACCAGCCUCCUCCGAGGCCUUGACUGUCAGCAAGGAAGCUGUUACCACCACCAUGAUGAAGCCAUCUACCAUGAUCUCUUCAUACAUCCCUGUCACCACUGCGAACGCUACUUCCACCGCAACUUCCGAGGCGGCUACCGCAUACCCUAUCACCAUCCCUCACAAGCACCUCAACACCACCGUCCCGUACGGCAACUCUACCAUGCAUGCCUCCAGCACUCUCAUGACCUCUGAGAAGCCCUACGAGACUACCUACCUGCCUGUCGAGCCCUCUCACGCGCCUGUUGAAGAGUCGCAUGCUCCCGCUCCCGCUCCCGUCACCACCAUGGCACCAGAGCACUCCGCUGCUGCUGCUGCUUGCCCACCAGCCACCGUCUACGAGACCGUCACAGAAGUUACGUACAUGUACGUAUAA